AAUGCAGGAGCCAUUGCCAAAACAUUGCCCACCAUGAGGCUGAUGCGGAGACACUACGGCCCACUGAAGCUGGCUUUGGUGGGUGUAGUCUUUGUGAUCUUUCUCUUCAUCAUGCAAAGAGAUGUGGGCACCGGAGAACAAAGGGAGGAUCCCUGGAUAAAAAACAUUGUGGACAGGAAAGACCAAAUGAUUGACAUGAUGAUGGGAGCCGUCAACAACAUCCGCGACUCAAUGCCAAAGCUGCAGAUCCGGGCUCCGGUUCAGCAAGAGGCGCCCGUACAGGACAGCAAUUCCUGCCUGCCAGGGUAUUAUACUCCCGCAGAAUUGAAGCCCUUCAUGGAGCGUCCGCCUCAGGAUCCCAACAGCCCAGGUGCAGAUGGGAAAGCUUUCAAGAAGGAGCAGUGGACAGCAGAGGAGACAAAGGAGAAAGAGCGGGGCUACGAGAAGCACUGUUUCAAUGCCUACGCAAGUGACCGGAUCUCUCUCCAAAGGGCCCUGGGACCAGACAGCAGGCCUCCAGAAUGUAUCGAACAAAAGUUCAAGCGCUGCCCACCCCUCCCAACCACCAGCGUCAUCAUCGUUUUCCAUAACGAAGCCUGGUCGACUUUGCUUCGCACUGUUUACAGCGUUCUGUAUUCUUCCCCAGCUAUAUUGCUAAAAGAGAUCAUUCUUGUGGAUGAUGCCAGUACAGAUGAGUACUUGAAAGACGAGUUGGACAGCUAUGUGAAGCAAUUGCAGAUCGUUCGGGUCAUCCGACAGAUAGAGAGGAAGGGCUUAAUCACUGCCCGGCUGCUUGGUGCCAGUGUUGCUACAGGAGACGUGCUCACUUUCCUCGAUGCACAUUGUGAGUGCUUCCAUGGCUGGCUGGAGCCCCUCUUAUCACGCAUCGCGGAAGAGCCCACGGCUGUGGUCAGUCCAGAUAUCACCACCAUUGAUCUCAACACCUUUGAGUUUUCCAAACCCAUUCAAUAUGGGAAACAACAUAGUCGGGGUAAUUUUGACUGGAGUCUGACUUUUGGAUGGGAGGCUAUCCCACAGCAUGAGAAGGAGAGGAGGAAAGAUGAGACAUACCCGAUCAAGACUCCUACAUUUGCUGGUGGCCUCUUUGCCAUUUCCAAGGCCUAUUUUGAACACGUUGGCUCUUAUGAUGACCAGAUGGAGAUCUGGGGAGGAGAGAAUGUCGAGAUGUCGUUUCGGGUGUGGCAGUGCGGGGGUCAGCUGGAGAUCAUUCCCUGCUCGGUGGUUGGCCAUGUCUUCCGCUCCAAGAGUCCGCACACCUUCCCCAAAGGGACCCAAGUCAUCUCCAGAAAUCAAGUGCGCUUGGCCGAAGUCUGGAUGGACGACUACAAGGAAAUUUUCUACAGGAGGAACCAGCAAGCCUCUCAGAUGGCUAGAGAGAAAACAUACGGAGACCUCUCUGACCGGCUUGAUCUGAAGGAGCGCUUACACUGCAAGAAUUUCACCUGGUAUCUACAAACCAUUUAUCCUGAGAUCUUCAUCCCAGACCUUACUCCAGCUUUCUAUGGAGCUAUUCGAAAUGAAGGAGCCAAACGCUGCUUGGAUGUUGGAGAGAACAAUCAUGGAGGGAAGCCAUUGAUCCUGUAUCCCUGUCACGGAAUGGGAGGAAACCAGUACUUUGAGUACACCUCCCAGCGAGACCUACGGCACAACAUUGGCAAGCAGCUCUGCCUCCGAUCCAAGUUGGGACCAGUAGAGUUGGGAGACUGUCACUAUACAGGGAAGCACUCCCGGGUACCAGAAAAUGAAGAAUGGGACCUGACUAAGGAUCACCUGCUUAUAAAUGUGGCAUCCAAAAAAUGUUUAUCUGCAAAAGGUGAACAUCCCUCCAUGGCUUCCUGUAACCCUACAGAUCCCUAUCAACUUUGGUAUUUCAGCUAAAAUCCAGCAAAUACAAACCACUGCAAGCCACACCAGAAUACUAUGGACCUCCCGUGGGAGAUUUUUCUAUUUUUCUAGCCCAUUCUUCUGAGAACAAGAGGAUGAGUCCAAGAAGAAAGAGAAAGGACCCAUUCAGAUAUGCUGCAUAAUCACAAAAACCUACCUGUAAAACACUCAUGUGCCUUGAUGUGAAAGGAUGGCCCAAGAGACACAGCAAACCCUGAUGUAUAUCUUUAUUCUCCUUUUUUUUGUGAAAGUUCCAAGAUGGUGUCAUAUGUAUUGUGAAUCAAAACUCCAUAUUGUGAGAUGGACAGUCUUGGUGAUUUUUCUUCUACAGUAGACAAGAUAAAAAGUGGGUAUUUUGUAUGAUGUGAAUUCCAAAAUAUCCCUAAAUAAGUAUGCUGUGUACAGGGCAGGCCGUAGCAUCUCAAGGAAACCAACUACAGAGCUUAUCUUAAAAAAUAAAGGCUCUUUAGGAUUUUAGAAGAUAAUCUGAUGCCAGAGACUUUACAUCUCUGUUACAUAGGACAUGCAUCUUCUGACAGUAGUGGCCUUUGAAAAAAAGAAAAUGUGUCAUAAAGGCAGAGUGCGAAUUCUAGUGCUUUCUUAGCGUGGCCAAAGGCCUUUGCACAGAGAUGCUUGUGGAUCAUGAUGGGUAAUGUUGCUGCCAAAGACGCAGAAGGCUAGCCUGCAUUUAAAAUAGCAAACACUGGAGUGCAGUGCUGUUGCAUGAUGGAAAUCCUCAGCCCUUUGCACAGGCUGCGUUCUGUGCCUUACCUCAGGCUUUGGGAAAUUUCACCAUCAGCACACUGUGAAUAAGAGCUAAUGCCUAUGGUGUCUAGGCAGCUUAUCCUUCCAAAGAAAAUGAGAGGAGGACACUUUUGGGGCUCAUGCAAAGAAAAGAUAUCAGGCAUUUCACGUUUUGCUGUGAGCUGUUUUGCCGUGACCCAGAGCUUUUUGAAUCCUCGCAAUAAAGACAUCUAGAAAGCGUGAGAAGGACCUGGCUCUCAACAUGUCUGUGCAGGGUUUGUAGUCUUUCGCUUGGGUCUUCGCUUGGGUCUUUUCCUUACUUCAAUAGCCUCCCUUGUACAUUGCCACAGUAGGAACCAAGAAAGCUGCUAAUGUGCCUUUUAAAAAAAAACACACCAGCAGAGAGGAACUUUUCUUGUGGAGAACUUCAAAAUCACAUGGAUGGAGACCAAACAAGGAAAGAAGGAAUGUUUUUGCAAAAAUAGUCAUCAUGGGUAGGAGUAGCCAGGAGUAAACUGACAAUUUGCACAGUUGCCCACUAGAGUAAAUCCUCUUUUUUCAUUGUUUAUGUGCUAGUGAGAAAAUAUUUAGAUAUCUUUUGCCCUUAGAAUGAAGGUUGUGGCACCGUUCGCAACACCAAGGAGCAGGUACCAGACUGACACUGAGCCUUAAUAUUUUUGUGACCUGUAGCUGCUAAUUAGAACUUUUAAAAGUUACUUUUGGGGAAAACAACUCUUGGAAUUGCUUGGCCAGAGGAUUCUGGGAGUCUGAGUACCGAAAUAUCACCCCUUCUCCAAGCUCUGAGCUGUUUUAGCUUGACACUAUCAAUUUAAUGCAAAGGGAAGAUUUGUUUGAUAUAGGGAUCAAAUUGCCCGUCAUUCUGUUUUUCUUUCUUGGAAGUCCACGACUGGUUUCUGUCCCAUUUUAAGCAUCUUGGAAGAAAGCACAAAGUUGCAGACUCUUCCUCGGUUCUGAAUGUGGAAGCUAGUGUUAGUGUUCCCAGGUGACUGUUUAUUUUCAGAAAGGCUUUGGACCCAGUGGAAAGGGCCUACCCUAGAAUUCCCAGUUGGAAACAAUAAAACUGAAAAUGUAUUUUACAAAA